CGUACAAAGCGAAACCAGGAAAUGUUCCGUUUCUGAUCCUUUUUGUGUGAGUUCCAGAUUUGUAUUGUUAUUUUAGACUUCCUUUGACACAGCCGUGCAGCAGCCACUUACAACACUAGACGCGAUCGGGAUUGCCGUUAGAUGAUCCAGCUGCUAAACUUCAACGUAACUGCAAUGGCAACAGCUGCACAUGAGUAACAAUAACUCUGGAAACAGCAACAGCAGCAACAACUGCAACAGCGACUGCAAGAGCAACAACAACUGCAACAGCAACUGCAGCAGUAGCUCAACAGAAGCACCUUCAAAAGCAGCAGUAGUAACAACUGCAACAGCGACUGCAAGAGCAACAACCACUGCAACAGCAACUGCAGCAGUAGCUCAACAGAAGCACCUUCAGAAGCAGCAGUAGCAACAACUGCAACAGCGACUGCAAGAGCAACAACAACUGCAGCAGCAACUGCAGCAGUAGCUCAACAGAAGCACCUUCAGAAGCAGCAGUAGCAACAACUGCAACAGCGACUGCAAGAGCAACAACAACUGCAACAGCAACUGCAGCAGUAGCUCAACAGAAGCACCUUCAGAAGCAGCAGUAGUAACAACUGCAACAGCGACUGCAAGAGCAACAACCACUGCAGCAGCAACUGCAGCAGUAGCUCAACAGAAGCACCUUCAGAAGCAGCAGUAGUAACAACUGCAACAGCGACUGCAAGAGCAACAACCACUGCAACAGCAACUGCAGCAGUAGCUCAACAGAAGCACCUUCAGAAGCAGCAGUAGCAACAACUGCAACAGCGACUGCAAGAGCAACAACAACUGCAGCAGCAACUGCAGCAGUAGCUCAACAGAAGCACCUUCAGAAGCAGCAGUAGUAACAACUGCAACAGCGACUGCAAGAGCAACAACCACUGCAGCAGCAACUGCAGCAGUAGCUCAACAGAAGCACCUUCAGAAGCAGCAGUAGCAACAACUGCAACAGCGACUGCAAGAGCAACAACCACUGCAACAGCAACUGCAGCAGUAGCUCAACAGAAGCACCUUCAGAAGCAGCAGUAGCAACAACUGCAACAGCGACUGCAAGAGCAACAACAACUGCAGCAGCAACUGCAGCAGUAGCUCAACAGAAGCACCUUCAGAAGCAGCAGUAGUAACAACUGCAACAGCGACUGCAAGAGCAACAACAACUGCAACAGCAACUGCAGCAGUAGCUCAACAGAAGCACCUUCAGAAGCAGCAGUAGCAACAACUGCAACAGCGACUGCAAGAGCAACAACAACUGCAACAGCAACUGCAGCAGUAGCUCAACAGAAGCACCUUCAGAAGCAGCAGUAGCAACAACUGCAACAGCGACUGCAAGAGCAACAACAACUGCAACAGCAACUGCAGCAGUAGCUCAACAGAAGCACCUUCAGAAGCAGCAGUAGCAACAACUGCAACAGCGACUGCAAGAGCAACAACAACUGCAACAGCAACUGCAGCAGUAGCUCAACAGAAGCACCUUCAGAAGCAGCAGUAGCAACAACUGCAACAGCGACUGCAAGAGCAACAACCAGAAGCAGCAGUAGCAACAACUGAUCUUGGCAAGAUUUUACAAAAAUGACAAGAAGAAUUCCAAUUGGAGGAAAUGGAUGUUUCAUCCUGGUGGUGGCUUCAGUAGUUCUUGCUCUGGUUGUGAGAAUUGAUGCAGUGGAUUGUCCCGAUAUUGAUAAUGAAAUUCUGGCAACGGACCCUGAUCAAGAUACAGCCUUGUUUGAAUUUGCACAACCAGAAAACUACACAUGUACACCCUCUCCUGGCAGCAGGUUUCUACUGGGAGCGACUACAGUGGUAUGUAUGUCAGUUGAUGAUGGGACAUUAUGCACCUUCCAAGUACAAGUUAAUGAUGAACAGCCUCCAACCAUAACAUGUCCGUUGAGUAGAACUGCAAACACCAACUCUGGAGUUGCAACAGGCACAGCCACAUGGAUUUACAGUGUGACUGACAACGUUCUAGUUGUAACCCAGUCGUGUAGUGCAACUAGCGGUGCACAGUUCCCUAUUGGUGUUACCAUUGUGAAAUGCACAGGGGCAGAUGCUGCUGGCAACACGGGGAGGUGUCAGUUUCCAAUAAGCAUAGUCGACAAUGAAGACCCUGUUAUUACAAGCUGCCCUGAAGACAUUACUUCAACCAUCGAACUGAUCAACUCACAACUUCCUCCACUGACGUCCGUGAUUACGUGGGAUAUUCCGGCUGCUAGUGAUAACUCAGGUGGACCAGUUGGCCUGACUUCUACCCAUGAACAAGGCUCAGAGUUUUCUAUCGGGGUUACCAGUGUAAUCUAUACAGCUGCAGAUGAGUAUGGCAAUUCAGAGACUUGUGAGUUUCAGGUGAAAGUGAUCGUUCCCCCACCAAAUCGCGAUCUAAUAAUCAACAAUGGUCCCACAUCAGGUGUAUGUUUGUCCGUCUCUUGGCCAGAAUCUACGGAUGAAACAUUGGAUGACUACUCCCUUUAUGCUUAUAGACAUGGUGAAGUACGACCAGACUCCAGCCAGCGAAUAGUGGUUCCUUCAGGUACAAGUACGUACAUCAACCACGAUGUCUGUAGGCUCCAACCAGGUGAACUAUAUACCAUAGAAGUAGAUGGGGACCAGUUAUCUUCAGCAAUGCAUUGGACCAAACCGAAUACCCCUGGGGAAGUCAGUCUCUUACCAGGAACCCUUGGGCCAUCGUCCUUCAAGUUUACUUGGCAACGAAGCAUACAGAAUGUGGAGCAGUACUACUGGUACUAUAACGGACAAAGCGGAUAUGUUUCCAACACUACGGAUUCUGUGUCCAUAGAGAGUGUUUACCCUACUACCUCUGGCACUGUGUCUGUAUCUGCGGUAGUCGGUUCAGGCCAACAACGUGUUCAUAGUUCCACUGCAACUCAAAGGAUCACUACCGCUGCUCUGAGACCGUCGGAGCUCCUUGCGUAUAACUACACUGAAUCCACCAUCAACUUAGCUUGGGUCUCAAGCAGUGAUACCAGGGGCGAGUUGGAUCCUUACAUGUUGUUUAUAGAGCCAAGGGAUGCUGAAGAGAACUAUCUAGAAACUGUUGGCAGGGUUGUGGAGUUUAAGGGACUGAAAUCUAAUACAGAGUAUCAGAUACAACUGAUUAGUAACCUGGGAUUAAUGCUGGAAACAUCACAGAAAACCAGGCCUGGAAGGGUAGCCAACUUACGACCAACUGAGGUGCUUGAGAAUUCUAUAACGCUGGCCUGGGACAGACCACUAGAGGGCGCUGUUGAGUCGUAUGACAUCUGGAUAUCGCCUGGGGAGAAGUCUGAACCCUUUAAUGAAGGAGGUACUAGUCAUACUUUCGACAAGCUGACAAACAACACUGAGUACUUCUUGAGGGUUGUGUCUAUAUACAAUGACAUGAGAAGUGUACCACAGGACCUUAUGGUGACCACAGGCGUAACCGAACCUAAGGAUCCAAAUUCAGUCAACAUCACAGCGAUAGUACUUGGUGUUGUGCUUGGACUGCUUGUGAUCAUCUUGACUGUAGUGUUGAUUUCCACAUAUCUUAAAUAUCGUAAAGUGACUAAGGAUGAGUUACCACGAGUUGAUCAGCCCAGACAAACCCCAUACAAGCAGCCGGCCAUUCAGGAACCUCAGACGUCGUCAGUUACCCAAGUUGACUCCAAUCAAGCUUAUGAACCAAUGGCUGUCAACAAACCAGCCCCAAUGCAAGCCCAGGGUAGCCACUACCAGAACGCACCAAUAAAAGGGAUUCAUCAAGGCCCCCCGACCAAGAAAAAGAUUCCACCCAUUCCUAUGCACCCCAAGAAAAGCAAACAGCAGCAGGCAGAAAACGGGGCCUAUGCCAUUCCUGACAUCCAUGGCUAAACACAGCAAGCGGACUUGGAUAUCAGAGAGCAUGGUUUUAAAGCAGCAUCAAGAAAAGUAAAUAGUAAUUCAAGGUAUUUAAUCUUCGCAUAUAAUCUUCUUUGAUAGUUCAAACAGUAAACUAUGAAAUAAGAAUCUCAAUUCUUCAGUAAAUAUGACAUGUAAAAUACAAAAUGUGAAAUGUGAAAUGCGAAAUAUAAAAUACGAAAUAUGAAAUAUGACAUAUGAAAUAAGAAAUACGGAAUACGGAAUACGAAAUAUGAAAUAUGAAAUAUAAAAUAAGAAAUACGGAAUACGAAAUAUGAAAUAUGAAAUAUGAAAUAGGCCUAUGUAAUAUGAAAUAUAAAACUAUAUGAACUAUGAUGCUGCUUAGACUUGAUUUUAAUAUUCAGCGUGUAGAUAAAGCAGCUUCUAGAAAGACAGCCCUUUUAACAGGUUUUACUGUUUGUGUCUAAAAACGUUAACUAAAGUAACACGCCUGUAUAUUGUCAAAACCUGCGAUAUAGGUGUUUUUUCAAAUGCAAAACGUAGGGAGGGGGAUCUUGGUAAGACAGUCUUACAUGUAAGUGCAAUGAGGUUUGAUUUGGCUGGGAAAUCACUGGCUGUCGAAAUUGAAUGAUAUGCGUUGAGACUUUCCCUUUUUGGAGAGAGAAAGAGUGAGAGGGAGGGAGGAUGGGCUGGAGGAGGGGCUUGGAUACCUGCUCAAAUACCUUGAAGGCUUGUGUACAGAAUCAAAACAAAUGUUUAACCCAGAGUAAUAUAACACACAUUUGGUUUGUUUUUAUCUAGAAAUUGAGUUGUGAAAUAUCACAAAAAGACAACAUCAAAUUUCAAUAGCUUAUAAUGAAACUAAAUAUAAUUUCGUCAUUAGAAAUACUAGAUAAAAGAGUCAAGGGUCAGCUAUAAAUGACAGCUGUUUUCCUGGAGGCAGGAAACGCCAUAAACGUGGAAAACCAAAAUUGACUCUUUUGGAUGUUUUGAAGAAAGACAGCGGACUGGAGACUGCAGAGCUAUAGACAGCAAUGUAGGACAGAAACCUAUGGAGAGCUGUAACAGUUCGGUGGACAUCACCAGAAAUAAAGUCAACUAACUUAAAUGUUUAAUAUAUCAACUGUUGUUAAAGUUUGUACAAAAGAAACUGUUGAGCUGCACACAUAGUUUGUUAAUAAAAAGUGUACCAUCAAGUACUAGGGGAAAACGGCCAUUGCAAACAGUUCCACUUUCA